CGCAUUCGUGUAUACAAUACCUUAUAAUUAAAUACCCCAUCCACGUAUGCAGCUAUUUGCCAGGGUUUCGUUGCAAUCAACUUCAUUAUUGCAUUUUUGAAAUACAUAGAACGCUCAAUUUAUAUUAGUCUUAAUGAUUACACAGUAGACGAUUAAAAUAAUAAUAAAAGGUAUUACUUGGAUUUUAAUAAGUCAAAUUGAAACAUGACGGCGAUAAGAGUGGCUCUUUCAGUUUUUGGGAGAACUUCAGCUCAAUUUCAUACUCGGGUUCGAUUGUUACAAGACAAUCAACGUUUGGUGGCUAGUAUAUUUACCCACAGAUUAUUAUCCACUCACCAUAUUUCGAAAAAUAUUGAGCUUAUAUCACAGGAUAAUAAUGUUGGGAGACAGAGUAGUAAUUUUCAAUUGAACCUGCCUGAAGGUCGUCCUUUACUUGUUAUCUUAUCGUGGCUGUUAUCCAAAAGAAAACAUAUUAUGAAAUUUGCAAACUUCUAUAUGGAACAGGGCUUUGAUGUAGUGACUGUUUCGAUCAGUCCGUGGCAACUUAUUUGGCCAGUGAAAGGAUCCCGUCUGGUCGCAGCAGAUUUACUCGCAUUUUUGGAACAAAAUCAGAACUACCGUCAAGUGCUUUUGCAUGGAUUUUCUGUUGGUGGUUACAUGUGGGGUGAAACUUUGGACCUAAUAAUUAACAAUCGGCAGAAAUAUGAUCCUGUUAUUGAACGUAUAGUCGGGCAAAUUUGGGACAGCGCGGCUGACAUUAGCGAAAUAUCAAUUGGAACCCCGCUUGCAGUUUUUCCAAAUAAUGCCAUGCUCCAAGGAGUGAUGAAAAAAUAUCUCGAGUAUCAUUUGGCAACAUUUCACAAGCAAGCAACACAGUACUACAUUCGUUCUAGUCAACUGUUUCACACAAAUUUAGUACAUGCUCCGGCUCUGUUUUUGGUCAGCAAGACUGAUCCUGUGGGAGCUCUGAAGUGUAACCAAAGGGUGAAAGAUUCUUGGGAUUCUCUGGGUAUUGAGACAUACAUGAAAAUUUUUGAAACAUCCCCUCAUGUUGGACACUUUCACAAGCACCCUAAAGAGUAUGUUACAGAAUUGUACACGUUUCUGGAUAAACUGGGAUUAAUACGAAAUGAAGAAAAGAUCAGAGCCCGCAUGUAAUUUCGACUAUUAAAUAAAUAUACUUCAAAUUUU